AUGAGUGAAUCUAGAAUUCUGGACCGACUUGCGGCCCUGGAUACCAACACUAUAUCCGAUGCCCUGGAUUUUCUUGACCUUAAAGGCGCUACAUAUGGCCUGCAACCACUCUGGAAUUGUCCGAAGAUUGUUGGACGAGCCAGCACCGUGAAACUGGGCCCUAAGACUGAUACCCGCCCUACAACUCAUUUACUAACUCCGGUCAUAGAUGCGGUCACAUCCGAUGACCGCAUUCUUGUGAUCUCCGGGGGUCUAGAUGGCAUAUCAUGCUGGGGGGACAUCAUCGCCAACGCUGCGAAAGUGAAGGGCAUCCGCGGGACUGUCAUUGACGGCAUGUGUCGUGAUAUCGACGGCAGCCGCGAUAUCGGCUAUCCUGUCUACGGUCGUGGCGUUACCAUGAUCAGCGCGCGCAAUCGAAUCGUACAGGUUGAGUCCGGUACAUCACUUCAAAUACGGGAUGUUACAGUUCAUCAAGAUGAUUUCGUGAUUUCCGACAAUUGCGGAACGGUUUUCAUCCCGGCUGAGCGUAUCAAAGAGGUUCUGGAGUUAGGCGAAAGAAUCGACCGGCGCCAGAACCAUAUGGUACAAGAUGCUCGAGCUGGUAAGCCUGUGUCUACUAUUAUGCACGAUAGGCAGUUCGACGCUAUUCGCGAGGAGUCUACACCUCCACUGGCUUCAAAACCUCCAACAGCUACUGGAGCAGCGGCGUCAUUCAACGAAAGAAAUCUUCGGAAAGCUAGUAUCGAAGACCAAAAACUAGUAGCUCUCUUUGCCGAUACAGAUACUCCGGCAGUUUCCGAUGCUCUUGAUAAACUUGGUAUCCCAGGGCAAGCGCUCGGCAUCAUGCCUUUAACGAACUACAACAGAACCACUGUCGGUGACAUUGUAGUCAUUGACAACGGAGGCCGUACUGAUUGUACCGUCUGGGGGGAUAUUAUGACGCAAUAUGCUGGCUUGAGAGGCAUUGCUGGCUCUGUCAUCGACGGUGUCUGCCGCGAUGUGAACUGUGCAAUCGACAAUGAAUAUCCGCUCUUCACAGCGGGACGAUGGAUGCGAACUGGCAAAGAUCGAGUCCAAGUGGGCGGUAUUAAUGAGAGCACCGGAAUCAGUAUCGGCAAAGUGCGUGUGAAUCCUCGUGAUAUCGUUGUGGCAGAUGCCAACGGUGUCGUUCUUGUUCCACGAGAUCGAGCUCAUGAGGUGGCGGCAAUAGCCCAGAAGAUCGAGAAAAGCGAAGCCCGUAUCCGAGAACUGAUUGCUGAUGGAGCAACGAUUACACAAGCACGAAACAAAGUAGGUUAUCACACGUUGCAGCGCAAGGGGUAG